AUGUCAUCUAAAUAUGGAGUGGAGAGUAUGAUGACCAGAAUCUCUAUGACCUCCAACCGUCCAACCGUUAAUCAUCGUCUCAAAGAACUCCCAAACCGUCCAACCUUUUAUCAUCGUUUAAAAGAACCCCAACCCAUCCAACCUUUUAUCAUCGUCUCAAAGAACCCCAACCCGUCCAACCUUUUAUCAUCGUCUCAAAGAACCCCAACCCGUCCAACCUUUUAUCAUCGUCUCAAAGAACCCCAACCCGUCCAACCUUUUAUCAUCGUCUCAAAGAACCCCAACCCGUCCAACCUUUUAUCAUCGUCUCAAAGAACCCCAACCCGUCCAACCUUUUAUCAUCGUCUCAAAGAACCCCCAACCCGUCCAAAUGUUUAUCAUCGUCUCAAAGAACCCCCAACCCGUCCAACCGUUUAUCAUCUUCUCAAAGACCUCCAACCCGUCCAACCGUUUAUCAUCGUCUCAAAGAACCCCCAACCCGUCCAACCGUUUAUCAUCGUCUCAAAGAAACCCCAACCCGUCCAACCGUUUAUCAUCGUCUCAAAGAACCCCCAACCCGUCCAACCGUUUAUCAUCGGCUCAAAGAACCCCAAAUGA